CCCCCCUGCCCCUGCCCCGCGCCAAGGCCCAGGAGCUGUGAACGGCUCCCCGUCUCCUCUGCAGACGCCCAGGACACGGGUCCCCCCUGCUGCCACGCUCUGAACCAGCCGGCACCAUGGCCGCUUCCAAGUUGCCCGCGGUGGCUGGGGAGGAGGAGACCACCAUCCUCAUGGCCAAGGAAGAGCUGGAGGCCCUGAGGACAGCCUUCGAGUCGGGCGACAUCCCGCAGGCCGCCUCGCGCCUCCGGGAGCUGCUGGCCUCCUCGGAGAGCACGCGCCUGGAGGUGGGCGUCACGGGCGAGUCCGGGGCCGGCAAGUCCUCCCUCAUCAACGCCCUGCGCGGCCUGGGGGCCGAGGACCCCGGCGCGGCGCUCACGGGCGUCGUGGAGACCACGAUGCAGCCGUCCCCUUACCCGCACCCACAGUUUCCCGACGUGACCCUGUGGGACCUGCCGGGGGCCGGCUCUCCGGGCUGCCCGGCCGACAAGUACCUGAAGCAGGUGGACUUCGGCCGCUACGACUUCUUCCUGCUGGUCUCGCCCCGCCGCUGCGGGGCCGUGGAGACCCGCCUGGCCGCCGAGAUCCUGCGCCAGGGCAAGAAGUUCUACUUCGUGCGCACCAAGGUGGACGAGGACCUGGCGGCCACGCGCACGCAGCGGCCCUCGGGCUUCAGCGAGGUGGCCGUCCUGCAGGAGAUCCGAGAGCACUGCGCCGAGCGGCUGCGCGCCUCCGGCAUCAGCGACCCGCGCAUCUUCCUCGUGUCCAACCUGUCGCCCACGCGCUACGACUUCCCGAUGCUCGUGUCCACCUGGGAGCACGACCUGCCCGCCCACCGGCGCCAUGCGGGGCUGCUGUCGCUGCCGGACAUCUCGCUGGAGGCCCUGCAGAAGAAGAAGGACAUGCUGCAGGAGCAGGUGCUCAAGACGGCGCUGGUGUCCGGCGUCAU